GGCGUAACACGUCAGUCCGUCCCCAGGUUUGUUUCCUGGAGUGUCUGAAAGAGAUCAGUUCUAACCUGCCCUAGCAGGAAUAACGGUCCUCCCGAACCCCUAUUUCUAAGGCUUUAUUAUCGUUGCAAGGAUCCCUGCACAUUUUUCCACAAUUGCUUACCGCUACAGUGUUGUGUUAUCACCAACCUAAUUCAACCGAAAAUAUACUACUAUACGAAAUCAGAUAUUGAGCCUGCGUGCUGCUGCUGAUUCAAGGAGUCGAGUCCAUGCGAGCUGCCAUCUGAUCCACUCUUAUCAAUGAAGCACGAGAUCAUGGCGGAUGGCCCCAGGUGUAAGAGGAGAAAACAAGCCAAUCCAAGAAGGAAAAACGCGUUGAACUAUGAGAACGUGAUGGAGACCGGCUCUGAGACGGAGGACGAAGACAAGCUGCUGGUCUCGGAGGAGGACGGCCUGCUCAAUGGACUGUGUAGCCCUGCCAGCCUGACCAAUCACGAGGCUGGUUCGCCAAGGGUGGGACACGCCCUGCUGACAAAGGAGGACGAGGACGACGACAUGAGGGACAGCGGUGUGGACCACGUCUGGCAUGACAACGACAUGCUGCACGCCUCCGUCGACGGUACUGAUGAAAUGAAAGAUGAGUACGACACUAUGAGGCCCGAAGCCACUCUACAGUCUGUUGGAAACGGUACAGUUAGGAAUGUUGAUUGCACUUCAGAAUUUGAGGAGUUCUUCUCUAAGCGCAGUAAGCUUCAAGAGGACAGCCACAGCCAUGUGGUGAGCAUCGCUGAGUACCUGCAACGGGGCGACACAGCCAUCAUUUACCCGGAGGCACCCGAGGGAGAGGAGCUGUCCCGGCUGGGCACGCCUGAGGCGCCCGAAGUCAACGGUCAGGAGGAAAAUGACCUGCCACCUGGAACUCCAGAUGCUUUCGCCCAACUGUUGACCUGCCCCUACUGCGACCGGGGCUACAAGCGCUUGACAUCACUCAAGGAGCACAUCAAGUACCGCCAUGAGAAGAACGAGGAGAACUUUGCCUGCCCCUUGUGUAACUACACAUUUGCUUACCGCACUCAGCUUGAGCGACAUAUGGCCACGCACAAGCCCGGCAGAGAUCAGCACCAACUGCUGAACCAGGGGGCUGGCAACCGCAAGUUCAAAUGCACAGAAUGUGGGAAGGCCUUCAAAUACAAGCACCAUCUGAAGGAACACCUGCGGAUUCACAGUGGCGAAAAACCAUACGAGUGCCCCAACUGCAAGAAACGCUUCUCCCACUCAGGGUCCUACAGCUCCCACAUCAGCAGCAAGAAGUGCAUCGGACUGAUAGCGGUCAAUGGCAGGAUGCGCAACAACAUGAAGACAGGCUCCUCCCCGACAUCGGCUUCCUCCUCCCCCACUAACACUGCCAUCAACCAGCUGAGGCACAAGCUGGAGAACGGAAACAGCAAGCCCACGGGACACCAUCAAGACCACAGCAACCACCACCUGAACAUCAAGGCAGAGCCUCUGGACUUCAAUGACUACAAGCUCAUGAUGGCCUCCCACGGCUUCGGCGGACCUGGGCCCUUCAUGAAUGGAGGAAUGGGGGGAAACGGAAGCCCGCUCGGGAUACACGGCUCAGCCCAGAGCCCCAUGCACCACAUGGGAAUGGGGAUUGAGCAACAGCUCCUGGGCUACCCGGCCCUGAGCAACAACCUGAGCGAGGUGCAGAAGGUGCUCCAAAUCGUGGACAACACUGUGUGCAGGCAGAAGAUGGACUGCAAACCGGAGGAGAUCUCCAAGCUCAAGGCUUACAUGAAGGAGCUGGGGAACCAGAUUGAGGAGCAGAAACAGGGAUUGACGUCACACGGGGGCCACCAGAUUGGUCUCCCAGUGGUAAGUCAUAACGGAGCCACUAAAAGCAUAAUCGACUAUACAUUGGAAAAAGUCAAUGAAGCCAAAGCCUGCCUCCAGAGCUUGACCACGGACUCAAAGAGACAAAUAAGCAAUAUUAAACGAGAGAAAUCCAACCACAUGCUAGAUUUAGGUACAGAGGAGAAGAUGCAUGAAAACCACAUUAUGUUUACACCCUUCGCUUGCCAGUACUGCAAAGAAACCUUCCCAGGUCCAAUUCCACUGCAUCAGCAUGAACGUUACCUGUGCAAAAUGAACGAGGAAAUCAAGGCAGUUCUACAGCCUAGCGAGAACCUAAUGCCCACCAAACAGGGUAUGUUUACGGAGAAGCAUGCCCUCCUGCUCUCCUCCAUGCUGUCAGAGAAAAGUCCAAUCAACCCUUACAAGGACCACAUGUCAGUGCUCAAGGCCUACUUUGCUAUGAACAUGGAGCCCAAUUCAGAGGAACUUCUAAAGAUAUCCAUAGCGGUUGGCCUUCCUCAGGAAUUUGUUAAGGAGUGGUUUGAGCAGAGGAAAGUUUACCAGUAUGGCAACCCAAGAACUCCACCACUAGAACAACAACGCAACAACCAUUCAGAUCUGGUUCUGGCUGCGAACAACCACAACCACACUAAAGACUUGAUGGCAGCGAGAUCCCCGGUGUCCAUGAUCAAGUCUGCUGACCGUGACCGCGACCACCAUAUAACAUCCCCCUCCAUUACAGAGCUCCAAAACAAUGUCAACAACUGUGAGAACCAACACAGACUCAUGAAAGCCAACACAUUCAGCGGACACACCAAGCACACGGGCGACCACUCCAAACUGGACCACCACUCGAGGAGCAACACGCCUUCCCCGUUAAACCUCUCCUCCACAUCUUCCAAAAACUCCCACGCUAGCUCGUACACUCCGAACAGCUUGACGUCUGAGGACCUGAACCUCGGCCUCAACCUCAACACCAACCAGUCUGAACAACCACUUGACCUGUCGCUGCCGAAGCCUGUGCGGGAGCCCAAACACGCCGUGACCAUGAGGAGCGGGCCCAAACUGAACAGCAUCGGCCACCACGACCGCUCCGGUGUUCCUUCCCCGCGGGAGCACUUCGAGGAGCCUCUGAACCUGGCCUAUCUCAAGAAGGAGUUCGAAGCCAGGGGGGGCCAGAACCACCACAAUGGAGACCUCAACAAAAGCACUAGUCCCUUGUUCGGGAUGAACCCCUUCGGUGCCAAGCCCAUGUACACGUCACUGCCGCCUCACAGCGCGUUCCCGCCCGCCACCUUCAUGCCUCCGAUGCAGGCCAGCAUCCCCGGGCUCAGGCCCUACCCAGGGCUGGAUCAGAUGGGCUUCCUGCCACACAUGGCCUACACUUAUGCAACAGGAGCAGCUACCUUUGCUGAGAUGCAACAGCAGCAGAGGAGGAAAUACCAGCGAAAGCCAGGUUUCCAGGGGGAGCUACUAGACGGAACAGCAGGUUAUAUGUCAGGACUGGAAGACAUGACAGACUCAGACUCCUGUCUGUCCCGGAAGAAGAUAAAGAAGACAGAAAGUGGUAUGUACGCGUGUGACUUGUGCGACAAAACAUUCCAGAAGAGCAGUUCCCUCCUAAGACACAAAUAUGAGCACACAGGUAAACGCCCGCACCAGUGUCAGAUCUGCAAGAAGGCGUUCAAACACAAGCACCACCUUAUUGAACACUCACGACUGCACUCGGGCGAGAAGCCGUACCAAUGUGACAAGUGCGGGAAGCGCUUCUCCCACUCGGGCUCCUACUCCCAGCACAUGAACCACCGCUACUCCUACUGCAAGAGGGAGGCCGAGGAGAGGGAGGCGGCCGAGAGAGAGGCCAGGGAAAAGGGUCAUUUAGAGCCCACUGAGCUACUAAUGAGCCGGGCCUACUUACAGGGCAUGACUCCUCAGGGCUACCCUGGCCUGGAGGACCGCGAGGGCAUUCUGAGGGACGGAGGGAUGAACGGAGGAAUGAGAGAUCGUCAGAAGGAAGUGGAGGGAACGUACGCCAAGAUAGGACGCAGGGAAGAGGACUUUGAGGAGGAGGAAGAGGAGAGCGAGAACAAGAGCAUGGACACUGAUCCGGACACGUUGAGGGACGAGGAGGAGAACGGGGAGCACUCGAUGGACGAUAGCUCAUUGGACGGGAAAACAGAAACCAAAUCGGAUCACGAGGACAAUAUGGAGGACGGCAUGUAAUAAAACUACUGCAUUUCAAAAGCUUCCCAUCUUACUUUUUCUGUUCAGUGUUGUUACCGCUUGGUUUUUCCAACACACUGCUGUGUUGAAGCUGUACAUGCACGUGCCUGAAGCUUCUAGGAAGCUUUGUAUCGGAGGACUCCUGGGGGGGGGCGGGUGGUUGUGUCUGCCAAAGGAGACAUUGAUUUGAAGUUUUGAUUGGGCUGGGGUGGGUGAGCUGGGGAUUGGUGAGGGAAUCGUGUAAGAGGCUGCAUUAUGCAAAAAUUAAAAAUGAAUAAAGUAAUACAUUUAAAAAAUUGUACAGUAUUAAGGCCUAAAAAUAUGUGUGGUGCUAACAUCCUAAAAACCCUGUGUUCCAUAGUAUUUAUAGCACAAACUAGUGACUUGUACAAAUUGCACUCCGCUACUAUAAUCACUACAAAAUAAUAAAAAAGUAUUGCCUAUGUAUAUAUUUAUACAGUGUUGAAAAAAGCAGUAGUGUCCACACUACAGUUCAUCAGUAUUAUUACUUAUCUUUCACUUAAUGUGUUGUCUAUACUUUUGCCCUGUUGUCAGGCCAGCUAGCCACACAGUUUUAGGCCUCAGAAAUUCUUUAUGUGAAGGAUCUUAACAGAUAUUACCUGUUUGAUUUUAAGAUAUUUAAGUCUUAAAGAGUCCUUGAAAUGAAGGGAUAAACGGUUCGACAAUUAAAGAUGGAAGGGUGACGUGAACAAUGAAGGAGAAAGCCUUUGUAAGGUGUUUUUUGAGAAGAAAAAGCCUUAUAUGCAAACAUUUUAAUCUGUCUGUUUCUGCAAGUGCCAUCCUUGUAUUGUGUAAAAGGAAGGUGACAUGUGUCACUUCUUCACCAGCUUCGGUAUUAAGAAAUAGUUCACCUUGUUCUUUGAAGCACCCAUGUCAGUAUUAGUAUAGGCAGCAGUUCCUUAGUUUUAAUAUGUCUGUGCAAUUUUCAGGGUUGUAUUUUUUUUUUUUCAUUAACUUUUGUCAGUGUUACACCAAACCCUUUUUUUAAACAGCAAAAUUGCAUUCAUUUUAAUUGUAGGUUAAAUAACAUUUUAUUUAUGUGGCCCAUUUUAUAUUUCCUAAUUUUAUUUAUUUCAUACUGUAGUGUACAGUAUUAUAGUUCUUCAAUAUAUAGAUAUAUUUUAGUAAAAAGGAACUUGGCGUUGAUCAUUGGGGCAAAUUUUACGUAAAGAGAGCAUUUAUUGUGUUUUGAAACAUUAAUUGUGAAAUGCGAAUUUUCAACUUUAUUAUUUUGUUUUAUUUCCUUUACUUUCCAAUUACUGGAAAUUCCAAAUUUGGGAACUUUUAUACAAUAUUGUGAAAACACUGUAUUUUCGACUGAAAAGAAUUCCACUUUCUUCAUCUUGUUUUUUUUUUUGCUAAAAAAAAAUGAAGAGGGACUGUUAAGAUACAAUGUAUGAUACCAUGACUGAAGAAAAUCUUUCCUGAAAUGUCUUUGUAAAAGUAUUAUUGAAUUUUUAAUUUGUAAUUUCUCUUGGAAAUGAACAUGCUCGAAUAAAAGUAGCCAAAUUACAGAA